CGCCGGACUUUUCUCCAUUAUAUAAAUUCCGUCGUUGGCCAAACAUGUUCCAAACGUGGGUCCAUGGCAUCUUUAACCCGCGACAGGUUCAGUCGUGUCCGGAUCCGAUCACCCAGCAUAUCCGCGGCGGCAGCGACAACGACAGCGAAGACGCUGAUGGUCAAGCGUCACAUAGCAGCCGGCCACGUGCCAACACGUUUGACGACACUACGACCGCCUCCCGCCGCCGCUCCGAUGUGGCCGUCUCAGCAUGGGACAGCAAGCGCGAAAUGUGCCAGAACUGCAAACACAUCUACCUCAAAUUCCUUAGCCCAUGUACCACUGCUGGCUUCUGCUCCCUCGACUGCCAGUCCAACGCCGUGUACUUGCUCGCUGUGUCGGAAGGAAUUCGCGCGGCCGCGGCCAAAGCCGACAUCCCACUGACAACGAUCGACAGCACGUCUUGCAACGCGCCGUCGCAUGCGGUUGCGGCUUCCCUCUCGUCCGAGAAGGAACAAGCGACGACUGUGAUGUUGGCUCCAGUCCUGUCCAAGAUGUCGUGUGGUGUCGCCAUGUCCGAGCCCAAAGCAGUGGCCGGCAGCCGAUCCGCCGAACCCGUGAGCAGCCCUACCACCCAAGAGUCGUGCUCGUCCACGAUGGACUUUGACCAGUACGACGACAGCGACUACGACACCAUCGAGCGACACACGUACUCGGACUUUUAUACGGAAAAGCUCAAGCUCGCGCGGGCUGUCGAGUGGAACUUUAGUGCGUUGUACUAGCCAGCCAGCUAGCGCCCGUCCUUUUUAUUUAGUGUUUUUCUUAUUUAUAAUACUACUACGAUUACGUUAUUGACUCAAAAAGUACAACCUCGUGUAUGCAUAUUCCCUCUCGCCGCCAUGAUUGUGUGUAUGUUGGCUACAAAGGUAACAGUGUACUACUGUAGCGUAGCCACAAUAAGGCCAACGCCAGCACACUCAGAGCCGCGGCCAUAGAGCCGGUAGUCAAUCGCCAGUAGUGGUGGCUGGUCACAGUAUUAGUGGGCGUGAUGGGUUCUGGCGUAAGCCAGGGGGAUUUGCAAGUCGGUUCCACUUUCUCCGCCCACACUGGCACCUCCUUUGCAGCUUCUUCCACCCAAGUGGCGUGGAGGAUCGAGGAUGCAUCUCCCAACACCUCCCUGGCAUUCGACAGGCUGUCCGCCAAUGACUCGUGCGCCUCCACAACGUGCAAGAGACCGUCGAAUCCUGCAGGAACACCACCGCUGCACCACGAGAACACGGCACGUCGAGGAAGCGCCAUUGUUUGCGAAGCCUCGUGGGGCGAUUCUAUGCAACCGGUGGGGUAUAAGGUCAAAGAAUCCAUUGAAAUCACCAGUGAAACAGGUUCAGUCGCUGAACAUACCUUCUGCAUCUGUCGACUGGUCGUCGUUGUCCAGGGCGGCUAGCCGAGUGGCUAAGCUGUGCACACCAUCUUCUCUCAACCGAUCGGCAGCAACGUCCACAAUGGUUUUGGUCUAAUCAACCCCCAACGUGAAAUGAACUACUGUUCCCUUUUGAUAUACACUGGUACGACGGGACUACUACCUUGCGGUGUACGUACGCAACGCAGUGAAUGCUACCUUGAAUGGUUUGCAGAGAGCGCGAUGGAGUGCCGGUGCUACACGUCCGGACGCCAUCGUCGUCGGUGCCGUUCCCAGAGCUUGCUAAUGCGCGUAGAAAUGUCACGUGGUCCGACGAGUCUGCGAUGGAUAUGGUAUUCUGAAGCUGACGAUGCAGCCGCGUCGUCCACCAUGUAUGUGACCGCGACGGAGGCGAUGCGAUGAUGAUGGGAACCUCGAUCGAGCAUGUGAACCUCCGCAGAAACGUGGUCGCAACGUCUGGCUGCCACUUGCAAUCCACGGGAACCAUCGCGUUGCCCUACAAUAUGUAUACGUAUAGUACAACACUAUGAGUGCAACGAGGUCGAGGUGCGAAUAUGUACACCUUUGAGAGGGCUUUGAAGACAGGAGACACACCAGGAGAAGCAACGGCGAUGUAUUGCACACAGUCGUCGUCAGAGAUAGCAUGCAGCGACUUCUUUAACCGAGUUUGAACUUGGCGUAAUGCGAGCAUGUGCCGAUGUAGCUUGAUCCCGUUCAAAGACGUGGCGGCAUCCCGUGCGACGACAUACAUCCCCAAACAGUCGAUUCCUCCAGGGAGGUAGCCAAGCACUUGAGUGGCAUGUAGCACCAUCCAAUCGAUCGAGAUGUCCGACAAUUGCGUUGACUUGCCGCCA